ACUGGAAAUUAUCACCUUUGUAAUCAUUGUCCUACUCCUCUCUCUCUCAUCCACAAAUAUCUCUCUCUCUCCCCCACCCUCGCCUGUCUCUUACGCCACUUUCCACACCCACUUCUCCGCCGCACACGGUGCCCAAUCCACUCUCUCCGGCAGCUCUUAUCCCUCAAACGUCAUAAGUUCCAUCACAUAUGUCUAUAAUGUCUUUUCAAAGGAAUCAUUAAACCAUUAAAGUGUUAUAAGUUGUUUAUAACUUAUAUAUCAGUUGUUAAAGUUGCCUGCUGUUGAUGGAGAUGAACAAUCUGAGAGUGGAAUCUCAUGUAGCCCAGAAAAACCGGCGACAUAAGUUAAGAUUCCAGCAAAACUCCGGCGACCUUAACCACCAACAACAUCAACAACAACAACAACAACCACCUUUUUCAUACAACCCAAAUGUCUUACCUUCUGAAAUGCUCACUUCAAUUGCUAGAAACAACAACAACCCACACUUUUUACAAGGUUUUUCGUCUCAUGAUCAAGAUCAUUCAAACGACAGCGUUUAUGCUAACUUGCCAUACCCACAAGACUGUAGUAACGCUUGGAAACCUGUUGUGUCUUCUCAACAAGAAGUUGCCGGUGAUCACUGGGUUAAUAAUGGUGUAAGUUAUUCAGGCUAUGGGUACCAUCAAGACCCAUUUUACCAUAAUGCCCUUCAGCAAGAUCAUGUGACUCUUGCACUACCUCCACAAAGCAAGAAUGAUCCAGGGAUGAACCAGUCAUUUCCUUGUUGGAUGAACGGUUCUGAUGAAUCGGGUUUUUUAGCAAAUCGGGUUAGUGAUCAUAGAGAACAACAACAUCAACAACAACAACAACAACAGCAACAACAACAAACAAGAAUGGUAGUUAAAGAGGGUAACUGCAGCACACAAGGGUUGUCUUUAUCACUUUCUUCAUCGGUUCCGCAGCUUAAAGACGAUCAACCCGGUUUACAAUCCGGUCAAAACCCUCUAAAGUCGGAUCUUUUACCCAACUCGGAUGCUAAAUCUUUGAUGGGUGUUUCAGCUUUUGCUCACCGGAAUACCGGCCCACUGGGGCCGUUCACCGGUUACGCUACAAUUUUGAAGAACUCGAAGUAUAUUAAGCCUGCACAAGAACUUUUGAGUGUGAGUUGUGAAGUAGGGUAUCAGGAGUUGGCUCAAACGUGUCAUGAUGCUUACUCGCACAAGAUUCUUGAAGAAGAAAUGAGUAGGGUUUCUGAUUGUGCAGUUGGUGGUUCAUAUGGUGAGUCGGAUGAACAUGCUAGUGGUCGGAUCAGCUCCGGUAGUGAGUCUCUUCGGCCCGAAUUUCAUCGGAAGAAAGCCAGGUUAUUGUAUAUGCAAGAGGAGGUAUGCAGAAGGUACAAGCAGUAUUUGCAACAAAUGCAGAUGGUGAUUUCAUCUUUUGAGACGGUGGCCGGACUUAGUGCUGCCACUCCUUAUGUUUGUUUGGCUCUUAAGGCGGUUUCGCGACAUUUUCAUCAUGUAAAGAACGUGAUAUCCGAGCAACUGUCACAAAUGAGGAAAACAGUUGGAGACGGCUUGUGUUCUUCUACCACUGUCAGUAAAGCUUUUGAUGCCAACGCAACAAGUACUUCUCGGAUAAAAUCCGGUGGGGGUUCGGCUGGAUUCUUUGUACCACAACAGCCUGUGUGGAGGCCACAGAGAGGUCUACCGGAACGCGCUAUAGCAGUUCUUAAAACUUGGCUUUUCGAUCAUUUCCUGCACCCGUACCCUUCGGAUGCAGACAAGCAUAUGCUGGCAACUCAAACUGGCUUAACCAGAAACCAGGUGUCCAACUGGUUUAUAAAUGCAAGGGUUCGAAUUUGGAAACCAAUGGUGGAAGAGAUCCACACCCUUGAAACCAAAGGCUUGGCUGAAGCAAGCUCAUCUCACCCGCAAUCAGAUGGUCAAGAGGCCAGCUGGAUGGACAUGAGCUCAUUGUCAAACACACAGCAACCACCAGAAUGUUCGAGGAACCCGGGUGUGAAUGUAAAUUUAACCGCUGAUGAACCACAUGACCAACUACGGGACCAUGAGAAACAAGCUAGGGCCGAGUACCAGAUUCCUCUUUCUGGCAUGGACCGGUUGAUGAGCAUCAUGCCCUAUCCUCGGGCCACAUUUGAUGCAACUGGGCUGGGCCCGGUUUCACUUACUUUGGGUCUUAGACAGAAUGCUGAACAUGUUCAACAGCUUCAGCAACAUUUUGGAGGUCAGUUGAUACACGAUUUUGUUGGUUAGAUUUUAGUUGUAUUGUGGAUGGACCGUCACAAUAAGAAAAACCGGCAGUAGAAGAUAAAAAAUGGACACGCUUGGAAGAUGUUAAACGCUAGUUUUUGUUUCGAAUGCUGAAAAGAACCGGGGGUUUUUUAUUCAUUGUACUUGCUAAAUAUGGAAGUUCCUUUCUACAAACCCUACUCUUUGAUCUCUAAAUUUAGCAAGAUAUCCUAUUGUUGUGAAAGCUUGCAAAAAUUUGAUGCA